AUGGCUCCUAAAGUAGCUAUCGUCUUUUACUCCAUGUACGGCCACAUCCAAAAGCUUGCCGAAGCUGAAAAGGAAGGCCUCAAGAAAGCCGGAAUUGAAGCCGACCUCUACCAAGUUGCGGAAACUCUUCCCCAAGAUGUCUUGGCUAAGAUGCACGCUCCGCCCAAAUCAAGCAUUCCAAUCAUCGAUCCAGCAACCCUGGCGAAUUAUGACGCAUUCCUCUUCGGCAUCCCAACCAGAUACGGCAAUUUCCCCGCCCAAUGGAAAGCCUUCUGGGACGCCACCGGCACCCAAUGGCAAACCGGUGGUUACUGGGGUAAAUACGCUGGAAUCUUCGUUUCCAGUGCUACCCCAGGUGGUGGACAAGAAAGCACCGUCAUUGCCUCUUUGUCUACUUUGACUCAUCAUGGUAUCAUUUAUGUUCCACUGGGCUAUGCCAAAUCGUUCCCUCAACUCGCCAAUUUGACGGAGGUGAGGGGUGGUUCACCUUGGGGCGCGGGAACUUUCGCCGCCGCCGAUGGAUCUCGCCAACCCUCUCCACUCGAACUGGAGCUUGCUACCAUCCAAGGCGAGGAAUUUGGAAAGGCCAUCAGCAAGGGUUCUGCGACAACCACGAAUGGUGGCAAAGUAAAGCCAGAAACGACAGUGGCGGAUAGCAACGGAGCAACGAAACAUACCCAACAAACAAAUCAGAGAACAGAUAUAGUGCAAGCCGGAGGAGAAACGGGUGCCAAAGUUAAGGAAGGCCCAUGUGGCUUACCUGCAAAGUGCAUAAUCCAGUAA